AAGAAACCCUAGUCUAUUAAUAUCACAACAGCACCCAAAUUUCAAUCCCUCUUCACUCUCAGAUCGCUCCGAAUCUCAUUUUCACAACACCAAAUCUGCAACCAGGAGCGGUCGAGAGAAUUUCCAAUCAUGUUGGUGUACCAGGAUCUCCUUACCGGUGACGAGCUUUUGUCAGACUCUUACCCAUACAAGGAAAUUGAGAAUGGAUUGUUGUGGGAAGUUGAGGGGAAGUGGGUUGUCAAGGGUGCAGUUGAUGUAAACAUCGGUGCAAACCCUUCUGCCGAAGGUGGAGAAGAUGAGGGUGUUGAUGACACAGCUGUUAAGGUGGUUGACAUUGUUGAUGUGUUCAGACUUCAGGAGCAACCUCCCUUUGACAAGAAGCAGUUUCUUGGCUUUGUUAAGAAGUAUAUUAAGUUGUUGACUCCCAAACUAGAUGCUGAGAAUCAAGAGCACUUCAAAAAGAAUAUUGAGGGAGCAACCAAAUACCUCCUUGGCAAGCUCAAGGACCUUCAGUUCUUUGUUGGUGAGAGCAUGCAUGAUGAUGGUAGCUUGGUCUUUGCCUACUACAAGGAUGGUGCUGCUGAUCCAACAUUUCUCUAUUUUGCUCAUGCUUUGAAGGAGAUCAAGUGCUAAGUGUUAUUGCACUUGAUUUUGUAUCUCCUAAUUUAUCAUGUUUUUGUUGUUCUAAGUUAUUUUGAGAGUUGGAGUUAAGACUAAUUUGUUAUUUUUGAUAAUGAUGUGAUGGUUUUGCAUUUA